ACACCAAGUACUUUUAAGUAUAGAGUAGGAGCGGAGAUCGUUGAUGGUGUGAUUCUAGCCGAGUUUGCAUCUAGCCACCGAAUCAUAAAAAGGGAAAACACGGAAAACUCUUUUAGCGACUCACGGUUCAAAAGUAGCCGGAAAUUGUGAGUGUAUUGGUUAAGUGUCAGAAACGGGUGAAGUGUGCGUGCGGCUCAUCGGUGACUAUUAUUGUGGAUCAUGCCAGGCCAGGAAGCCCUGGAUGGGUCGCCCCCGCCUCCCGCGGCUCCCCAAUCCUUGGACGAGUUCCUGGCUCACUUUUUGAGCAAUCAUCGGGAUGAGAACUUUUUGAGCGUGAAACAGGGCAAUUACACCAUCACGGAGGCCGAGUUUGUGGGCGAGGUGGCCGAUUGGAUCCAACAAUACCUACAGUACAUGUCUUGUCCCUCCCAUUUAGAGGCUGAUAUCACCCGAGAGGUCCUGAAUGAGGCCAAAAACCGAUACAUUCACAAUGGGUUUCAAGGUGGCUCAGAUGAAGUCGAUGGAGGUAACAACGGCAUUUCGCGGAGUGAAGAACGGUCUGUCAGCUGUGAUCAACUCAAUAACACCGAAGCCUCCUCCGAAGGACGAGGAUUGGGCUCGAAAGCCGCUUUCAAAUCCAUGUUGCUUUUAAAAGACGUUACCUCAACGAUGAAUGAAGUGUGCAAGCGACUAAAGUCGGAAGGAAGUACGGUCAAAACGGGGCGUGUUCUCCCCUCAGCCGUGUCAGCCAUCAAAAACGGCCGACGUAGAAUGGAGGACCGUCACGUAGCCCUUCAUGAUGUGAACCUGGUAUUCGGAGAUAUCCUACCAAAGUUGAAGAACGAACCGCCUCUGUCAUUCUACGGCGUGUAUGACGGGCAUGCGGGCAAGGAUGCGGCAGCCUACGCCGCCUGCAGCAUUCACGAAAGAAUGCUAGCUUCCGAUCGCUACCCCGCUGAUCCGAUUUUGGCCAUCAAAGAGGCUUUUGUGAAGACUGACGAGACCUUCAGGAAUAAAAACAAUGACGAGCAUCCUUUAAGCAGUGGAACCACAGCCGUGUGCAGUUUAAUCCGUGGAAAUACACUCUACUCAGCGUGGUUGGGAGAUUCACAAGCCGUGCUAGUCAGAAAUGGAGAGCCUUUACAUAUCAGUGAACCUCAUAAACCUAACCGCCCGGACGAAAAAGCUCGCAUUGAGGAACUGGGUGGAACCGUUAUCUAUUGGGGAACAUGGAGAGUCAACGGACAGUUAGCUGUCUCUAGAGCUAUAGGUGAUGCCGAAUACAAACCGUAUGUGUCUUCCGAACCCGAUGUGACCACCGUUGAAAUGAAUGGUAGUGAAGACUUUAUCAUAAUCGCCUGUGAUGGCCUCUGGGAUACGGUCACGCCCAUUCAAGCCACCCAAUGCGUAUUCCAACAACUCAGGGAAGAUAAAGAAAACCUCGACUUGGUCAGCCAACGCCUCGUCACACUAGCCAAAGACAACGGAUCUACGGACAAUAUCACCAUUAUUGUGGUCCUUCUCAAACCCGCCGCAGAGUUAGCUUCGAGAGACGAGCCCGACGCCGCUUCUUCCAAGAGCGCAACUUCGGAAAUUUAUCAAGGCGUGAGUUCCACGUGUGCCUUCAUUAGCAACCGUCAAGACCCUUAUCAAUCCAUGGACAAAAGCACGGAAGACUUGGCCAGCCCGGCUGUUGGCAACCCGUUUGCCACGCCCAUGGACUCGGAAAUGAACACCAACGGCUCCUCCCAGAAUAACCACUUCUUCGACUCGCCUAGUGGAGGCGGCAUGUUCAGUGAUUCUCCCAAUCCGUUUGCCGAGGCCGGGGCCAAGUUCUCCAAUGAGGAUAUGGAGGCCUUGGCCAAGGACAUGCAUUUCGAGAGGGCGUCGCCGUCCAUGUUCGAUCAAUCCCUGGAUUCUGACUCCAGCAGACCGUCCGAGGAUACCAAUCCCAGCAAGAAUACAGAUCACAAUGACGAGCCUGACUUUAUGGCCAACCAGGAAAAUGCAUGGAUCAAUCAUGGACAUCCAUAUCUGGCUGGUCAACACAAGCGAGACUCUGGCUUCAUAUCGCCUGCUGGAACUUCCAACAAUCAUAGCGCCUCGUCCGAAGAUUCAGCCGAGAAUCAUGCCGAACGUGAACACUCCCCGGAAUCUGAGGAAGGGCAUCAUUCUGUUGAGGUCAAAGACACCCUGGAUGAAGAAGAGGCCGAAAGCAUGGAAGUGACGAAACUCCUGGCAUCGGCGGGCGGUGCCAAAUUGGACGAGUUGCUCAAAUCGAGCAGAGAGGAGACACCAACCCCACCGAUUGAGGAUAAUGAUUCCACUUUGGAAGAUAUAUUAGCGCAAGCCCGAGAACAGCCCGCCUCCUUGACCAGUGAAGUGUUGGAUGAAGACGAAGAUUCUUCGUCCGAAGGAGAACACCAAGAACCACCCACUUCUCGACCUCCUGAUGCUCCCAAGGAGGAGUUGAUUGAACUUCCCACGGUAGAGGACGAUUCCAGCUCAGAGGACAACGGAGAGGGAUUCACUUUCGUCAAGGAGACGUCAUCGGAAAAGGACCCGACGUCCCUAGGCAGUGAAGAGGACCUUCCCCCACCUUCUGUGGAAGCUCCCCAACGACCAUUGGAGGACAAUUUAGACCCCUUCAGCGUUCCUCAAACAAAUACUGUAGAGGAGCAAGCCACAUCUUUCGACCUCUUGGGUUCGGCCGAUAAUCCCAGUAUUGACUCCGAGCCGGUGGACAAUCCUUUUGCACCAUCGCCUGCUUCUGAUCCUCCGAGUGUUGAAGAAGUGGCCACUGAGGUCGCUGCAUCCACCCUAAACGCUCUCGAAGAAGAUUCUCAACCUUCAGGGCCCUCCAGUUUGGAGUCCCAAACUGGUCCGUCCUCUGUGAUUGUGGAAAGCCAAGAAGUUCCCAAUCCGGAUCAAGCCUCCUUCAUCGUCAAGACCACAGACGACCUUAUCAGCGCCCAAGAGCCAGUGGUCGAGGUCAUACCAAGUGAAACUCUCGGGAAUCAGAGCCCAAUUCUGGAGGAACAAGAGGAACCCCAGAUAAUGGCAUCCACCAUCUCUGAGAGUAUGAACAGUUUUGAAGCACCCAGAACUUCACAAGACAUGUUCGACGAAGCGCACAAUGGUGGGGUCGGACAUGGGCACGAGAAUGACUCGAAUGUCGUCUUCCACGAGGAAGAGAACCAAUCCCUAUCUUCGGACUUUGUUCUCAAAACCAACUCCGGGGACUUUGAUUCCAAAAGCGAACACAAAGACGAAAGCCCCAUGUCGUCCAUUGGUCAAUCUGACAUCCCCACUCUUGUGGUGACUGAAAGCACGCCUCAAAAACGAGAUUUUGAUGAUGAAGAGGACGAGGCUGAAGAGCAACAGAAGCAAACUGACAUUGUGGAAGAAACACCAGAAAAGGAGCCAGAAAUUCAGAAAUUCCAAAUCGAAGAAAAUCCCCCCACGCCCGAUAUGGAACCCCCAGCCGCGGUCGAUUUCCCUAUUUUGGAAAAGACCGUGUCAACUGAGGCGGUACAUGACGAGCCCCUGGUCACAGAGGUCAAGCACUUUGAAACGCGGGAACCUGUGGAAGAACCAAUGAUGGUUGAAAAGCAUAUUGAGCCGCUUUGUGAUCCAUGCGAGAAUGCUUCAAACUCAACUGAAAAUGUCGUGAUCAAAACUGAACCCAUGGAGGUCGAGGGACAAGAAUCUGCACUUGUAAGUCCACAGAGCAUACCUAGCAAUGCUGAGGAGCCCGAAGUCAAAUUGGAGCCUGAAGCCGAAGAUACUGCUUUCAAGCCAAGUUCAGAUGGGGUCCAGAUCGAAGCCCUUGUUGAAACUGAGGCUCCUGUUGAAAUUGAGGCCAAUAUCGAAACUGAGGCUCCUGUUGAAACUGAGGCCCCUCUUGAAACUGAGGGCCCUGUUGAAACUAAGGCCCCUGUUGAAACUGAGGCCCCUGUUGAAACUGAGGCCUCUGUUGAAACUGAGGCCCCUGUUGAAACUGAGGCCCCUGUUGAAACUGAGGCCCCUGUUGAAACCGAGGCCCCUGUUGAAACUGAGGCCCCUGUUGAGACCCAUGCUGAGACCCAUGCUGAGAUCCUUGUUGAAGCCGAGACUCCUGUUGAUGCCCCUAUCGAAGCUCAGGUCCCAGUUCUUGCAGAGACCCCAGUUGAAGCUGAAACUCCGGUUGAGACCCCUGUUGAGGCUGAGCUUCCGGUUGAGGCUGAGCUUCCGGUUGAAGCCCCUGUUGAAACCCCUGUUGAAGCUGAGACUCCGGUUGAAGCUCCCGAAGAGGCCCCUGUUGAAGCUGAGACUCCGGUUGAAGCUCCCGAAGAGGCCCCUGUAGAGGCCGAGGCCCCUGUUGAUGCGGAACCUCCUAUUCUUGCCGAGGCUCCUGCUGAAACAAUUGAGAAGGUUGAUGAAGAUACCAAUGCGGCUGAAAUUGCAGUAGCAGCCGCUGCGGCAGGCACUGCACUGGUUGGGCUUGCCGCAGGAGCCGCAAUUUUGAGCAAAGAUAAAGAUGAAAAGGCGAAGGACGCCGGUAAGAAAACUGGGGAUCCCAAACCGAAGAGUAAAGCCAACCCUCCUCUACGACAACCCAACAGCCGAAGUCCGCUCGCGUCCAAGUCUUCUACAGCGAAAAAUGCCUCCACGGCGAUCACCAGACCCGGGUCUGCUACGACCAAGCCCGCUUCAACCCGACCCACCGCUUCCACCGGCGCUCCCAAGUCAACUGUGGGCGCUAAACGCCCUGUGGGCACCACCGUGCCCAAAAGCACCACGGCUCGACCGACCCCGGCUUCCACUGUGAGCAAAUCCGCAGCCCCUAAGCGACCAACCCCAGGAGCGACCUCUACUCGACCGGCAUCGGCCACUUCCUCUCGACCAGGAAGUGCCCCCAAACCCACGGUGUCUCGAGUGACCCCAGGGGCCCGACCCACCCCCGCUAGUACCACCCGAAAGCCCCUGACGUCAAAGCCCUCGCCAGCUGGAACAGCCACGAAAGCCCCCGCCGCUCCUCGAACUUCUACCACUCGACCCACCCCUAAUGGAACAGCUUCUAGCCGUGUAGGCUCUACUCGACCCACGGGAACCACUGCGCCCAGCGGGGUCAAGAAACCUUUGGCCAACGGCGUAGCCAAACCCGCUGCCCCCAAGUCAACCAUGUCUGCAGCCCGUACUGCGUCCUCUGCGCGUCCUGGCUCGGCAUCAUCCACUACUGGACCCAAACCAAUCGCGAAAGCCCCCAUUUCAAGGCCCGCUCCCUCGUCACGCGUUCCACCAAAGACCACAACCACCGCCAGUCGAACUAGUGCUGGCCCGGCAAAGGCAGGUCCAACGGCUCGACCCACUUCAGCCAGCACCGCACGGCCAGGGAUCAGUCGACCUGGCUCAAAGGCGGUGCCCAAGCUGACCGGCGUGACCUCGAAAGUGAACUCUCGACCCACGUCCAAUGGAAUCAAGAAAGACGCCAAGAAAUCCCCUGAGAAAGCCACCACCGCUCCGGAAGAGUCUCAAGUCAAUAAUGAAAUUGAAGCCACUAAUGGGGAGUCGCCAAAUGCUGACGACUCGGCCCCUGUCGAGAAUGGUGAUGCGGCGCCGGCUAAUCCAGCCGCGGUUCCUUCAGAGCCAGUUCCCAUUGAGUCAGACCUCUAGAAAUCCGGAGGAACACCACGUGGUGUCGAAUAGCUCGACCUUUCAAAAUCCUUGACAACUCACAUUCACAUUUAAUACGAAAAGAAAAGCAAGCGCGAUAUUGACAUGAGAUCUCAUAACUUGAAAAGUUUAUGAGAAUGGAUCUCUGACGGAUUUCUUUAUAUAAUAAACAUUACAGCAUCAUUA